AUGGAUGACGACGCCCCUGAAGAGAUUUUUGAUGAACUAAAGCCCAAGGAGCUCAAGUUUUGGGAUGUUGCUCAGAUAGCUGUUGGUACUGGACUGGCCGUCUAUGCCAUGUGGGCUGGGAUACUGCAACCAGGAUUCCGGAAAGUCCCCCUGAAGCUUCAGGUCCCGUACAUCCCUGCCAGCAGAGCCCAAGUUCAGAACGUCAUGACGUUAUUGAAAGGCAGAAAGGGGAAUCUGGUGGAUCUCGGGUCUGGUGACGGCCGCAUUGUUUUAGAAGGACACAGGCUUGGCUUCACUCCCGCUAUUGGUUAUGAGCUCAACCCCUGGCUGGUGCGCUUGGCCCGCUUCCACGCGUGGAGGGCAGGACAACACAGUAAAGUGUCAUACCGAAAGGAAGAUCUUUGGAAGGUAGACUUGACUGAAUGCAAGAACGUCACGGUCUUUUUAGCUCCCAGUGUGCUUCCAUUGCUGCAAAAGAAGUUGCACAACGAGCUUCCGGAUGAUGCCGUUGUGGUGGCCGGUCGUUUUCCGCUCCCAGACUGGAAGCCCUGCAGGAUCGAGGGACAAGGAGUGGACAGAGCUUGGGCGUACUCAAUGCAGGCACAGAGAAAAAACAAGUCCAAGCUGUCACAAGACAAAUGA